GGGGCAGCCCUAAUAUAUACAUAACCGUCACUUUAAAUUUCACUGCAGGACCCUAGUUUUUGCAGUAGUUUAUCAUUCUGUGUCUGUAUUCAGCUAAUUCCUCCACGUCCCAGGUGGCAGCCUGGCUGUCUGCUAUAGAGCCACGUCCACCAACAUGUUUACAGAAAUCAUACUUCGCUGUUUGGUUGAAAGGCAGUUGAAUGUCUAAAACGAAUACAAAGGCCUCACAAAGCACAAUGUGUCCCUUUCAGAGGAGUUUUAAACUGAUUGAGCUGCAUUGAAGCUGGAGUGGCUUUGGCCGUUUCCUCGAUGCCUUUCAUGUGUUAACCCCUGUGACUCCUUAUCUGUGGUAUUCAUACGUUAGUAGUGCUAGUGCCCAUCUAUAACUCAGAAGGCCCCUACAUUUUAAUCGGGCAGUUGGAGGGCCUAUUUAACCUUUACUGUGGGUGUAAACAUGGCGUCAGUAUAUAUUUGGGAUGCAGAAGGGUGUGUUGUGAAUAUUCAAUACAGUUACUGUGGUUAGACUUUAGAAGUGACAACGUCCCACUAUAAGGCUGGAAAUACACCGUGGUCAUGGUCAGGGGAUUGACACUGUGGUCAGCUGUGACUCUGACAUCUGUUUGUAGGUCACAUGUUAUAGGGAAUCAACCUUGUUUGGUACUUUUGAGUGUGGUGUAAGAUGAGUCAAAUAGUUUGAAUAUCAAUUUCUAUUAACAAUUGUACAGUAUCACUAUUUCUCAUUUAGCAUAUAAUGGAAAUUGGAAAAGGCAUUGCUAAACUAUGACAUCAUUGCUAAAAGCCACACUGGCUGUAGUUUGUAUUGCAACUUGAAGAUGAAUUUCCUUAUUUGCAGUGCAUAUACAGAAACAAAUCCUCCUGGCUCUAACUCGGUAGUUGGCAGUCUCCUGUAUGAGGAGGGCAGUGGUUGUAUGUACCUAAGAAAAAAGGGGUGUGUCAGGUGUACACUAACAGGUGAAGUCACUAUUCACACCACAACACGUCCCGUGUUAAAGUGAAAGCUCCCAUGACAAGAGUUAAGACAGGGAGUUAUAUGGUGAAGCCUCCCAUACCCCCUUCCACGUUGACUCAUUGAAUCGAUUUAAGUCGGUUCCAAAUUAUUGUUAACAUUUGAUAUAUUUACCUUGUCACCGUGCGCUCCAACUGGACUUUGGAAUAUAUAUUGGACUCACUUUAGUAGAAGUGAGGCUCCUAUAUGCCAAACAUGAUGUAACUGUCAUUGGUCACUGGUUGAACUUUGAACUGCCUGGUGCAGACUGAGUUUCCUGGAGGAGCUGCUGUGAGUGUGUACUCAAAUCUUCAACAUGGUGGACAAGGCAUGGAGGAAGAGUUGGCAGUUCAUCGAGAACAGGAUGUCUCUGCGUGUGAAGAAGCAGUCUUCUCCUACUGUUGAACGUAAGAGUGAUGUGGAGGGGGAUGCGCGGCCCAGUGAGAGUGACGGUGGAGCAAGCUACAGGGGCCCAGUGAUAAGCCCAGACCGCUUCGAGGGCCCCCUCUACGGCCACGGGGUACAGCCGGGCCCCCAGCGCCCCCCCCGCAGGCCCAAGCUCCAGCACUCGCAGUCCAUUCUUCGCAAGCAGGCCGAGGAGGAGGCCAUCAAGCGCUCCCGCUCGCUCUCCGAGGGCUAUGAGCUCUCCGCUGACCUCCAGGACAAACAGGUGGAGAUGCUGGAGCGUAAAUAUGGCGGACGCUUCAUAACCCGGCAUGCGGCCCGCACCAUCCAGACAGCCUUCCGCCAGUACCAGAUGAACAAAAACUUUGAGCGUCUCAGGAGUUCUAUGUCUGAGAACCGCAUGUCCCGACGCAUCGUUCUGUCCAACAUGAGGAUGCAGUUCUCCUUCGAGGGCCCUGAGAAAGUCCACAGCUCCUACUUUGAGGGGAAACAGGUGUCCCUGACAGACGACGGCACCCCCCUGGCCUUGGUACAGUCUGAGUGCGGGGACAUGGAGGUCCACCACCAGGCCAACAUGGCGUCUCACCCUGCUUCCCAGAACGACCUGACGGACGCCAUCACGGAGUUGGAGGACGCCUUCUCCAGGCAGGUGAAGUCUCUGGCCGAGUCCAUUGAUGAUGCCUUGAACUGCCGCAGCCUGCAGGGCGACGAGGGUCUUGACCCUGAGGCCAUGGGCUGCCCGGAGGUAGAGAGGGAGGUGGCCUAUCAGGUGAAGCCUCACCGCGGGGUGGCGGGGCGCAUGCGAGAGGACAUGAUGGCGUCCUACAGCGAUGUGACUCUGUUUAUCGACGAGGAGGAGCUGUCUCCCUCUAUGGGGCUAUCGCGGGGGUCAGGUGACCAGCCCUCCAGCAUUGAGUCAGACCUACGCCUGCGCUCAGCCAACUCCUCCCAGGAGUACUGGCCCCUGGACACCAAAGAUGAGGGGCGUGACACAGACACCAGCUGCCGCAGCACCCCUUCCCUGGAGUGCCAGGAGCAGCGGCUCAGGGUGGACCACCUCCCCCUGCUGACCAUCGAGCCGCCCAGCGACAGCUCCGCCGAACACAGUGACCGCUCUGACCGUAGCUCCGUCAAACGACCGCCCGUCUACGAGCCUCACGGGGGCAGCCACAUCGUGGCGUCCUCCAAGGCUAGCCCCAAACACAUCUCUCAUGGCCCACCCCCGCGGGCGCCCUCCAGGGAUGACGAGGCGCCCCUCCGCCACCGCCACCGGGCACUGGAAAGCCACCUGGCCAUCAACGGCUCUGCCAAUCGGCAGAGCAAGUCUGAGUCUGACUUCUCGGACGGGGAUAACGACAGCAUCAACAGCACAUCGAACUCCAACGACACCAUCAAUUGCAGCUCUGAGUCGUCCAGGGACAGCCUGAGGGAGCAGACACUCUGCAAGCAGACAUACCACAAAGAGACACGUAACAGCUGGGACUCGCCCGUCUUCAGCAACGAUGUGAUCCGCAAGAGGCACUACCGCAUCGGCCUGAACCUCUUCAACAAGAAGCCAGAGAAAGGCGUACAGUACUUGACUGAGAGAGGGUUCGUCCCGGACACACCUGUGGGUGUGGCUCACUUCCUGCUUCAGAGGAAGGGCCUGAGCAGGCAGAUGAUUGGAGAGUUCCUGGGCAACCGUCAGAAACAGUUCAACAGAGACGUCCUGGACUGUGUGGUGGAUGAGAUGGAUUUCUCGUCAAUGGAGCUGGACGAGGCACUGAGAAAGUUCCAGAACCACAUUCGGGUCCAGGGAGAGGCCCAGAAGGUGGAGCGCCUCAUCGAAGCCUACAGCCAACGCUACUGUAUCUGUAACCCUACGGUAGUGCGACAGUUCCGGAACCCUGACACGAUCUUCAUCCUGGCCUUCGCCAUCAUCCUCCUCAACACAGACAUGUACAGCCCCAACGUCAAGCCGGAGAGGAAGAUGAAGCUGGAGGACUUCGUCAAGAACCUCCGAGGGGUGGAUGAUGGGGAGGACAUCCCCAGGGAGACUCUGGUAGGAAUUUAUGAAAGGAUCAGGAAGAGGGAGCUGAAGACAAACGAGGACCACGUGUCUCAGGUUCAGAAGGUGGAGAAACUCAUAGUGGGGAAGAAACCGAUUGGAUCUCUCCACCAUGGAAUAGGAUGUGUGCUGUCCCUGCCCCAUCGCAGGCUAGUGUGCUACUGUCGGUUGUUUGAAGUGCCAGACCCCAACAAGCUCCAGAAGUUAGGCCUGCACCAGCGGGAGAUCUUCCUGUUUAAUGACCUUCUGGUGGUGACAAAGAUUUUCCAGAAGAAGAAGAACUCUGUGACAUACAGCUUCCGGCAGUCUUUCUCUCUGUAUGGGAUGCAGGUUCUGAUGUUUGAGAACCAGUAUUACGGGAAUGGAAUCAGGCUUACAUCAGCCAUACCAGGUGCCGACAUCAAGGUCCUCAUCAACUUUAAUGCGCCCAACCCCCAGGACCGCAAGAAGUUCACUGACGACCUGCGAGAGUCUAUCGCCGAGGUCCAGGAAAUGGAGAAAUACAGGAUAGAGUCUGAGCUUGAGAAGCAGAAAGGGGUGGUGAGGCCCAGUAUGUCCCAGAGCUCUGGGCUGAAGAAGGAGGCUGGCAAUGGCAACAUGAACCGUGCCAGUCUGGACGACACCUACACCAUGGGCGAGGGCCUGAAGAGGAGCGCCCUCAGCAGCUCCCUCCGCGACCUCUCCGAAGCAGGCAAGCGUGGGCGCCGCAGCAGUGCAGGAUCACUAGACAGCAAUAUGGAAGGGUCCAUCAUUAACAGUCCUCACAUACGCCGGAGAGCCACAACCCCACGCAGCGAGGGCCCGCCCCGGGGCCACCCUACCAUCCCCAACUCCUCCUCCCUCCUCGGGUCGCUCUUUGGCAACAAACGGGGGAAGCCUUCAUCCCAGAGCCAUCCUCCUCUUCCUCUGCCUGGUCACCCCACCCUCAUCUCCCACACGCCCCAUCCGUCCAACCUCCACCACACAGCCCAGCAGGUAGCCCAGGCCCAGCUCCACCACUCCCAGUACUGCCACGUCCAACAGAACCCCCCUCCCUACCACCACCACCACCAUUACCACCCCCCUCCCCAUACACAGUACCACCAGCACCCGGCAGCAUAUGCAUCCUCCUCCCACACACACCAACACACCCACCCCCACCCGCAUGUACCACAGCACAGCCACGGCACCCAUAGCCAGCAUUCCCUUCACGCCUCACACUCCCAGCAUGCCCCUCACCACCACAGUCAGCUGCAGGGCCCGGCACCCAGCGGGCCCAAACCCAAACACAGUGGCAUCAGCACCGUGGUGUGACCUCCCUCACUGAAAUAGUGCGAGAGCAAAAGAGAGAACGAAAGAGAGCUAGAGAGAGAGAGAAAAGAUUGAAUGAGCAAAAGGAAAGAGUGAGUGAGUGAACUUAAGGGAGGGACAGUCUCUUCCCCCAAAGGGACAGAGGGUAUACUGUCAGUCGAUGGCCUAUCUACUGUGUUCCACUGCUGUGAUGGAGAUGGACCUCUGGCAGUCCCAUGUAUCCGCUCCCCCCUUCAGCUGCUCACCAAUAUGCUGGAUGGAAACCAGAUUCAAUUCUUCCACAAAGGGCCUCAGCUCGAACCUUAGUAAGGGCCUCUGUCUCUCUGUCAGGGCUUCAGGGAGGUGUUUUGUACGGGGAAACGCUUUCCCUCCUCCUCCCCAUGAACUCACACCAAACCCGGCCGUGACGGCUGAAGAGAACCGUGCAUUCUCUUUAGGCCGCUGUCCACUUCUCCGUUCUUUCAAUAGCCCGUCUUCCCUUCACGUAAUCAGGAGACAAGACCACCUGGGAUAGGCCUGAGAAAACAUGUCUGACUGUUUUCUCUGUCACAAUGGCAUAUUAUAUUGUAUACAGUCUUUUUAAACAAAGCUAGCUUUUAACACUCUGCUUUCUUGAGGUUUCCAAAACUCUCUUCAUUUUUAAGAAUGCUAUUUGUUCUUGCCUCUCCUAGAAUUCAUGUUGUGUAAAAAAGCUAGGUGUAAUCAUUUCACAAUAACUAGACCAACGGACAGGCUAACAACAGUCUCAAUCGUAGUAGUUCUAGUGUUGUAUUUACUGUAGAUGACAGCUUUACGUGUUGUCUCCUAGCACUCAUUUGAUAAAUGUGCCAAUUACUAAUGCAUAAACGAUUUAGUCUAGACUUCAUGUGCAGUAUAUUGUGCGUAAAGUACCUUGUAAGAUUAUACUUACAACCAUUAUUAUCAUUAGAAAUCAACUGUAUCAGUAUUAUACUGACUCUAUGGGAACAGGAUAGAUGGGAAGGGGGAGUGGAGCCACGUUGUCAGGCAGUCCAAUAACCUACUCUGGAACCUUUUGCCUUUCAAACAGAGCAUUGAGAGACUGGAAUGCAGCUGUGGCACAUGGCCCUCCUAAUGCUGGGCUGUCAUGUAUAAAACCUCAAGAGAGAACAGAUAUUGGGUGUCUACUGAUCAUAUGUUGUUCCUAUGCUGGGUGGAUGGGUCCCGCUCGGCUCGGUGUUGUACUUCGAUAUGAAGUACGGACGUUUAGUACUGUGAGUACGGGCGUGUAGUACUGUGAGUACGGGCGUGUAGUACUGUGAGUACGGGCGUGUAGUAAGGUGGCAGUGGUGGAAGGGUCACAGAUCUCGUGUUGAGCUCAUGGCCUUCUUUUGGUUGUAUGCUGGCUUAAGCUCACAGCGUUCCUGACCUCUCAAGACACUUUACGCGAUAGAAGUUGAGGCUCGCGUCACUUUACUGAUGGACCCGCAGUAAAGCUGACAAAUGUCUCAUGCCUUUUGAAAUAUGAAGCAGCUGCAUUCUUGACUCUUCAAAUCAAAAUACGAUAAUCCUUUAUUUGAUUUUUUUCAUCAUUUACUGUGUCUUUGUUUUCAUCACAAAUCCUGAGUAGGUGAGUGACUAGAAUAACCUUAAGUAUGUAGUGUGUAGUUUUUUGUUUGUCAUCUUAGUUUUUAUCAUUAUGUACAGUAUGUGCAAUAUCUUCGUACUGGUUUUGUACAUUCAAACAAAAACAAAAAAAAAGUGUCCCUUCUGUUUGUUUUGUGUGUUUCCAUGUUGCAUCGUUAUUUAUUUAGGUUGGAACCCUGUCGUUCUCUCUCAGUGGCUUAAUGUGUGGCUGUUCUCAUGGUUCUCUGAGAAACACGGUCCUGGGAUUUUCGAAUUCAGUGGAAUGUCGGAAGUGGUUUUGCAUGUAAUGUUAUUAAUGUGAGGCUAUCCUCAGCACAUUGUAUAACAAAUCAGUGUUACCAUAGUCGAUUGAAGUGCAAUCACAUAAAAAAAAAAUACAGACUUGUAAGGCCCUUUACAGGUUCAAGUCUGUUAUCAUGUUGUCCUGGAAGAGAUUCAGGUGAAUUCUUAUUUUUUUUCUUCAGAUGAUAUACUUAUUUAGACAGUUGACGGCAGUGCUUGACUUGGACUGAAAUAGGUUCCGGUACUCAUUUUGGGUGCCAGUACUGUUUAUAUUUAGGUACUGGAGCUCCUCAAUACUUAUGAGCUAAAAUUCUAUAAGAGGAACAGAACCUCAAGCAGUAGUAUGAAGUGCCGGUACUCUGCUCCGGUGUCCCAAGUCAAGCACUGGUUGACGGUAAAAAGAAGGAGGAAUGUGUGUAUAUAUUUUAAUAAAGGAAUAUGCUUCCCUCUGGGCAGAACAGAAAUAUUUUGCUGGAUAAGCACAUAUGAAGGAGCGCUUUCAUUUUUCAGGAAAUCCAGAUCUAAUACACAGCAAAGAAAUGCAAAUGAAACAAAGGAACUGGGUUAUAUGUAAAGAAAAAUAUCUUUCUACAUUCUACGAAAUGAGAGUAUAUUAUCGCGUGUACAUUAAAGUAAAAGUCAACUGUU